AUGUAUUAUCUUGUUGAAUGUGAAAGCUGGAUACCAUUGAAUCAUUUAUGUUGUAGCAACAAGAAAUUACAGGUUAUUAAAAAGGGCUUGUUUUCUUCUGAUAUUAUAGACAUUUGCUUAUUUAUAUUACAAAAUAUACUUUUAUUUUAUUUCUGCAGCCCUCAUUUUUACAAGUAUUAUGUUUUCAAGCAAGUGAGACAUAGCUCUAGUGACUUUUUAUAUAGUUUAAUAAGAAGAGGAUUAGUAAAAGAAAUUUUUCCUAGUGAUCGACCUAUUAAUUGUAUUGGGAAUCCAUGUGCAUAUGCUGGUUUUGAUGCAACAUCUGAUAGCUUACACAUUGGCAAUCUUCUUGUUCUCAUUGCAUUGCUUCACUGGCGGAAAGCAGGAUACGAAAGCAUUGUUGUUUUAGGAGAUACAACAGCUGAAAUUGGUGAUCCUAGUGGACAUAAAACUGAUAGGGUCAUACUUUCAAGGGAUGUGAUCCAUCAAAAUACUGAAGCAAUAGCAGAAAGUGUACUUACCGUUUUUGAUAAUUAUGAACAAUACCUUCUUCCAAGGGUUAAAAAGAAGCCAAAAACUUUAGGAAAGUUAAGCAUACUGAGAAAUAGUGAAUGGUAUGAGAAGACAAGUAUUGUAGAUUUCUUUUCACGAUCUGGGCGAUACAUUCGUGUUGGAGAUAUGUUGUCUCGUACAAGUGUGCGAAGCAGAAUGGAGAGUGGAGCUGGAAUAAACUUUUCCGAGUUCAGUUAUCAAGUUUUCCAAUCCUAUGAUUGGCUUUAUUUAUUUAAAAAUUUUAACUGUAGAUUCCAGGUGAGUUUAAAUUUUAUAGAAAAUCUUUGCAUUUUAUUAGCUAGAAUAAAUUUCGUAGAAAAGCUUUGA